GCAACAUGGCGGCCCCCGCAAGCGGUAGCUGCGAGAUUUGAGUUACUCGUAGCCGCUGCAUCCCUGCUGAUGGCGUCUCCGGCGUCGUGCGGUUCGCGGCAGAGCCCAGAGGGACUCCCUGGAGCCCCUUCUUCACAAGAAGAAGAUGAGGAUUGUGACCCUGAAGAUCCGGUCAGCGACUCGGAUUCAUACUCCUCUGCGAGUACCGAUUCUGAUGAUCUUGAGCCUGAAUGGCUGGACAGUGUGCAGAAAAAUGGAGAGCUGUUUUAUUUGGAGUUGAGUGAGGGUGAAGAAGAAAGCCUCCUUCCUGAGACACCUACUGUGAACCAUGUCAGGUUCAGCGAAAACGAGGUUAUCAUUGAAGAGGACGAUUACAAAGAAGGAAAAAAGUAUGAACCCAAGCUCAAGCGGUUUACCAAGAUUUUAAAAAGUAAAAAACUUUUACCUAAGCGCUAUAAUAAAAAAAGUAGCAAUGCCAGUGGGCCAGUGUCCAUUCUAAAGCAUCAGUCCAAUCCGAAAACAGGAGUCGUUGUCCAACAGCGGUACAAAGACGUGAAUGUGUACGUAAACCCCAAAAAGCUAACCAUCACCAAAGCCAAAGAGCAGCUCAAGCUUCUGGAAGUACUGGUUGGGAUUAUCCAUCAGACCAAGUGGAGCUGGAGAAGAACUGGGAAACAGGGCGGUGGAGAGAGGCUUGUGGUCCAUGGCCUGCUGCCAGGAGGAUCUGCCAUGAAGAGUGGUCAGAUAUUAAUUGGUGAUGUCCUUGUUGCUGUGAAUGAUGUAGAUGUGACCUCUGAGAACAUAGAGAGAGUUCUGUCUUGCAUUCCUGGACCUAUGCAGGUGAAACUGACAUUGGAAAAUGCAUAUGCUGUGAAAAAGGAAACAACUCAACCAAGACAGAAAAAGGCACAGUCAAACACAAGUGAUUUAAUCAAACUUCUAUGGGGGGAAGAGGUUGACGGUAUCCAGCAGAAUGUUCUAAACACCCCUCACAUCGUUAUGUAUCUCACACUACAGCUCGACUCAGAAACAUCAAAGGAAGAGCAGGAAAUCCUUUAUCAUUAUCCAGUAUCUGAUGCAUCUCAGAAACUUAAAAGUGUGAGAGGGAUAUUUCUCACACUCUGUGACAUGUUGGAAAAUGUGACUGGGACACAAGUUACUAGUUCGUCCCUUGUUUUAAAUGGGAAACAAAUUCAUGUAGCUUAUUGGAAAGAAUCUGACAAGCUGUUGUUAAUUGGCCUGCCUGCUGAGGAAGUUCCUCUUCCUCAGCUAAGGAAUAUGAUAGAAGAUAUUGCCCAAACUUUAAAAUUUAUGUAUGGUUCUUUAGAUAGUGCUUUUUGCCAGGUUGAGAAUGUUCCUCGUUUGGAUCAUUUUUUCAGCUUGUUCUUUCAAAGAGCACUUCAGCCUGCUAAACUACAUUCCAGUGCCAGUCCCAGUACACAACAGUAUGAUGCUUCUAGUGCAGUACUUUUAGACAAUCUCCCUGGAGUUCGGUGGCUCACACUUCCACAGGAAAUUAAGGUGGAAUUAGACACGGCAUUGAGUGACUUGGAGGCCGCAGAUUUUGCAGAACUGUCUGAGGAUUAUUAUGACAUGAGACGGCUAUAUACAAUUUUGGGGUCUUCUCUAUUUUACAAGGGUUAUUUGAUAUGCAGUCAUUUGCCUAAGGAUGAUCUUAUUGACAUUGCUGUAUACUGUCGCCACUAUUGCCUGCUGCCUUUAGCAGCAAAACAGAGAAUUGGUCAGUUGGUAAUAUGGAGAGAAGUAUUUCCUCGACAUCACCUCCAACCUUCUACAGACUCAAACACUGAAGUCUUUCAGGAACCUGAAGGGAGAUAUUUUUUGCUCAUUGUUGGCUUGAGACAUUAUAUGUUGUGUGUACUAUUAGAAGCUGGAGGCUGUGCAUCCAAAGCUGUUGGGAAUCCUGGACCAGACUGUAUAUAUGUGGAUCAGGUCAAAACCACUCUUCACCAGCUGGAAGGGAUAGAUUCCCGCAUAAAUGAACGGCUAGCCUCUUCUCCAACCCCCUGUUUGUCCUGUGCUGACUGGUUCCUUGCUGGAUCACAUGAAAAAUUAGAUAAUUUAACAACCUCACCUAUCCUCAGUAGGCUACAAGGUACUUCCAAAGGAGCAACCUCUCCAACAUGCAGAAGAACUCUUUUCGGUGACUAUUCCCUAAAGACACGUAAGCCCAGUCCAUCCAGGAGUGGAGGAUCUGACAAUGGCUGUGAAGGCGGGGAAGGUGUUGGCCUGAGCCCCCACACUACAGAAUCUCAGGGUUCUGGUGGUUCAGAAGAGAGUGGGGCCUUGCUUAAGGUCACUAAAAAGAAGCCUGCUCUUCCAAAUCCAUUUCAUUUGGGGAACCUGAAAAAGGACCUUUCAGAAAAAGAAUUGGAAAUAUAUAACACAGCGAAAUUGACAUCUGGUCCUGAGAACACACUUUUCCACUAUGUCGCCUUAGAAACAGUGCAGGGGAUCUUUAUUACUCCUACCCACGAAGAGGUGGCACAGCUCAGCGGCUCUAUCCACCCUCAGCUGAUAAAGAAUUUCCAUCAGUGUUGUCUCUCCAUUCGCGCAGUUUUUCAGCAGACAUUAGUAGAAGAGAAGAAGAAAGCACUAAGUGGUGGAGAUCAUUUAGGUUCUACAAAUUCAGUGUCUUCUCUUAACCCUGUGAAAGAACAUGGUGUAUUGUUUGAAUGCUCACCUGAAAACUGGACUGAUCAGAGAAAAACACCACCAGUUAUGGCUUACUGGGUAGUAGGGAGGCUCUUUCUUCAUCCCAAACUUCAAGAGCUUUACGUCUGUUUUCAUGACUCAGUCACAGAAAUUGCCAUUGAAAUGGCUUUUAAAUUGUUCUUCGGAUUAACCUUGUAGCUGUAUUUUCUUGAUGUACAGCAACACUGUGCACAGACCAUCAAGUAGUGUUAGAACUGCUUAAACCCAUUCACAAAGAGAUAAGGUUUCACUUCUUUUCACUGUUCACUACUGAACACGAGGUUGUUGAAGACUGAGAUGAUAUGCUGCUGGAUUUGAUGCACUAAAUCUUAUUGUCAGACUUUUGAAGAAGAUACUUGAUCAAAAUAUGAAGAAGGGAUUGUUAACUUAUUUCCAUUUUGGUAUAUAACAUUAAUUUAUUUACUAGUUUGAAAUCAUGUGAUGUGUUUUAUAUAAAAUUAAUAUAGGAAUGUUUAUCUUGGAAAAGUACCCAAUUCAUUGUGUAUUUUUCUCAAGACUAAUAUUGAUACCUGGCGAAGCAAUCAUGAAAUUCGGAGGAGGUGACCAGGUUCUGUAACUAAUUAGUGCUGUGACCAUCAACAAGUUUUUGUACCUCUGUGAGCUCAGAGUUUUCAUGUACAAAUGAAAUGAUUGCUUUGAGGUGUCUAAAGACCCUCUUAAGUAAAAUGUGCAAUUUUUUUCCUCUUGGCUAUUGUUCGGUACCUAAAUUUGUAAUGUCCAAGUACUGAUUUCAGAUACUUUAGUUUAGGUAUUUUAGUAGGUACCUCACAGUGGGGGAAGAGAGGAGUGAAAAUUAAACUUCUUUUUUUAUUUAUUUGAUUUACUUUACUCUUUCGGGUCAAUUGUAUUUUGACUAGGAUGUGUUAUUCUUAACUAUUUGUCCAUAAACUUUCAUUGUUUUUCUCUUUGUUGAAAUAUAUUCAGGUAUACACACACAUUUUAUACAAGUUCAUGAGUAUUAGGAAAGCUGUAUGUAAGUCUUUUUUUUAAAACCUAAUCACGUUGAAAACACUGAAAAAAUUGACUAAAGAAAUUCUGUGGCGACUUCUUUUGUUCAAUACGAAUUUUUGCCUUACAAAUAUGGAUCAUUAUGUAUUGGGUUUUCCCAAAGCGGGGCACUUUAAUGAACAAUAGUUUACUCAACUUUGAGUAGAGAAAGAAAAGUACUAGGGUGAGAAUUUUCUUUGGCUGUCAGAAUUUGGUGGUUUGAAAGGAAGGAAGAGCAUGACAAUUCUUAAAUGACAUUUACCCAGUGGAUUCCACUGAAGUUCAGCUGUCCCCAAGACUUUAUAAUACUGGAUUCUUUCUUCUUCAGGACUUAGGAAGGCAAAUUAUGCUGACACAUCGAAAGCCAGUCUCUGCCUUUCCCCUACCUCAAACGUGAGACCUCCAGCUUAGUCAGAAUUAACUGCAAAACAUAGUGGAUGCACCAUUGAAACAUCUUGUCUUGUAAGAAACACUAUUAUCCUUCUGUCAUGAGUGUAAGAGACUUUCACCCAGGCGUUGAAGAUGCAAACAACUAUACUUGUCCCGUUAGUGACUUGUGGGCUUUAGUUUUGGCAUUCAAAACAAGGCAAGAAACUUUGGUUCUUGAAAUGCAGAAAAUGGCUUGCAAUAUCCUCCCCCUUAAGAUUAUAAUAUUGGUCAAAUGGUAGAUAGACUCUUUACUAUUGUCUUAGGACUGCUUGUCUGCAUGUAUAGGUAUUGAGGUAUUGUUUAAAAGUAUUUAGUAAAUGUCUUAAAUGUCUUGAUAUGUCCCCCCAAACACCAUGAGCUAUUUUUAAUACUGAGAAUUAUUCAUAAAUGCAGCUAUUGAUCACCUCAGAUUUUCAAACAGACUGAACUAAGACUUGAGAUUUUACCAUCAGGAACUUUUUCUGUUUCAUUUAAUGAAAUUUUGGUGUGUUGAACUGCUUUCCUGAUAUCAGAGAAUCAUGAGACCACUAUUUAAUAACUAAAAUAAAAAGACAAAGCAGACUACUGAUCUUAAUAAAAGUCAUUUGCAGUAUUGUAGAUGUGCUCUGUAAUGAACAGGUGGCAGAGACGUUGCAUUUUUAAGAAAUAAAACCAAACAUUAUCUUGGCUUUUAUCUCUAAAUGGAUAUCAAAAUACAAGGUGAGUCAAAAAUUAUCCGCACUCUGGCUGUAGAAUUUAAUUAACUUUUAGAAAAGACAAAUACAUCAUUUUUUGACAUAAUCUUGCUUUUCAAUACACUUUGCUCAUCUGUCAACAAGCUUUCAUAUUCCCUCAUUAAAAAAUGUUUUAGGCUGAGCUGUGAGCCACAAAUGCACUGCUGUCUUCACUUCUUCAUCAGAGGUGAAUCUUCAUCCUCCUAGGGCUGCUUUCAGGGGACCAAAGAGGUGAAAGUCUGAUGGAGCAAGAUCAGGACUAUAGAGAGGAUGCUUUAACACCUCAAAACGAAGUUUUUGCAGAGUGUCGACAGUGUGGGCAGAAGUGUGUGGACAUGCACUGUCAUGCAAGAUCACAAAGUCCUCUGCGUUUAACCCAAAGUUUAGGCUUAAGCACAAACUUUUCGAAACCUAUGUCUGUCAUGGAUUAUUUCAUAGGCAGAGCCAUGGCUGAUUUGCAAAUGAUUUGCCACAUAAUCCACUGUCAUUCGUCUAUUUGACAGAAUCAUUUCACGUGUACGCUCAAUGUUGUCAUCAGCCGUGGACAUGGACGGGCAUCCGGCUCCUUGACGGCUAACACUUGUGUGACCUUCCUUGAACUUCUCUCUCCAUUCAUACACACUUCCUUGUGACAAAAUACUUUCUCCAUACUGUGCACAAAGUCUUCGAUAAAUAACGGCACCAGGUACACCCUCACACCACAAAAAAUGAAUUGCUGCACACAAUGCUCUCUUUUUGUGCAAAUCACAAGUGGGGCAUCCAUUUUUGCUUGCACUGUAGUUACAAAUGAACUGAUGUAACACGUUCACACCUGCACAACAGUGACUGGGGAGACAGCAGCCUUGAUCGGAAAGUGCUGAUAAGACAGUGCAGCCAACAGAAGUUUGUUUUUUUUUUAACUAUUUAUUGGCUGUGUUGGGUCUUCGUUGCUGCACACGGGCUUUCUCUAGUUGCUGGGAGCGGGGGCUACUCUUCAUUGUGGUGUGCGGGCUCCUCAUUGUAGUGGCUUCUCUUGUUGUGGAGCACGGGCUCUAGGCGUGUGGGCUUCAUUAGUUGCGGUACACGGGCUCAAUAGUUGUGGCUCACGGGCUGUAGAGCACAGGCUCAAUAGUUGUGGUGCACAGGCUUAUUUGCUCCACAGCAUGUGGGAUCUUCCCAGAGCAGGGCUCGAACCCAUGUCCCCUGCAUUGGCAGGUGGAUUCUUAACCACUGUGCCACCUAGGAAGUCCCAGAAGUUUUAAUAUAUCUGGAGUGCAGAUAAUUUUUGACUCAUUCUUGUAAGCAUUGUAAGUAAACUUAGCUGCCCAUUUUUCCAUAUAUGUUCAGAUCCACAUCUGAAAGUAGAUCAGUCUCAUUGGACUAAGUGCCUGUCUGCCACUUUAUUAAAUAGAGACAGAGAAUGCUUUAGCAGAUUACCGAAACAUUCUUAAGUUGGAUUUUAUUAGCAUCCUACAAAUGUUCUUUUUCACCAAAGACUGUAAUGCAAAAGACUAUAUAACCAGCAUUAAAAAAAAAAAGUGCUAUCUUACAACCAUUAUAUAUUUUUUAGCCCUGCAAAGUUACAUUUUAGAUUCUUUCACUUUCUUUAUCUCCCUUUAGUUUCUUUUUGUCAGGUUAGAGAAGAGAAUGUUUCUUAUUUGUGCCAAGGGGCCCUUGAUGGUGAUGCAUACUGGCAAGAUAGUAAAUUUGCAGUGCCUGCUUGCUUUUUUAUAUUUCUAAUACAAAUGGGAAAAGCUAUGAAACCAAUUUACUGGAUUUGCCCACUUUGAACAUUCUUGAAAAUAAUAUUGUGAAUAAUUAUUUGUUAUCUGUGUGAUUUCCUUCUAGAUAGUGCCUGGCACAUGUUAUGUGCUAUAAAAGUGUUAGCUGCUGCUACUACUACUACUACUACACCAUUUAUUAUUAUUAUUAUUAUUAUUAAAUAUCCAUUGGUUGAAAACCAUGGAGUCAGCUAAAUCAUACCUUCUACUGUAUAAAAUGUUGGAAAGCUAAGAAAAAGUAUUCAACACUAAACACUUUUAAAACAAUGACAUACUUUGGAUAUUUUAAAAUAUAUUAAAUGUUACUAAAACUUUAAUCUCUAUACAAAACUG